GCACCGCGUAGCCGUCCAGUCGUGUCGUGCCCCAAUGAAUGGGAAGGAUAAGGAUGGCGUCUGAUUCAAGCAAUGGUGUGAGCCACAACGGCAGUUCCACAGCGUUUACUGAUUUGGUCAACAACUCUACACUGACUGCCACAGCUAGUGAAUUUGUGCCCAAUGCAGCCAACAGGGACAAAUCUUUCAACAAAAAGUCAAGACCUCCCAAAAAUGUUACUUCUGGAUUCAAGAGAGAAACAAGAGAGCCUCUUAAUGCUGGCAAUGGAAGUGGAGAAAAUGUGUCCAGAGAGGCAAAUGUGAGCAGACAGAGGUUCCGCAACCGUUCAGGAAAAAACUUGUCCAAUUCAGAUGAUGUCAGUGGCAAUGCGGGCCGAUCUUCCGGCAGGUCAGACAGUCCCAAUGGAGGACAGGGAUCAAGGGCGUCAGCACGAUUCUCUGGGAAGUAUUAUAACGGCCAGCGAGGAUAUGGCAGAAAUGGUAAAGCAGGACCUAAUGCAAGUUCCAGCAGCUAUUUCCAAGGGCCAAGGGAGGAAGAAGGUGCUGUUGGUGGAGAAAAUUUAAACACUCAGCACAGCAAUGACCAAGUCCCUGGCUCCAGCCGUACAGGAGAUCGUAAUGGUAACAAGGAUCAAAAUAUAGAUCAGUAUUCUGAUAAGCCAUUCUACAAUGACAAGCCCAAAAGUAGGGAGGAACGGGAUUCAAGUGGAAACAAAUUUCAGAGGAAGGAACAGAAUGUAGACCAAUAUUCUGAUAAGUCAUUCUACAAUGACAGGUCUAAAUAUAGGGAAGAAAGGGAUUCUAGUGGAAACAAAUUUCAGAAGAAAGAACAGAAUGUAGACCAAUAUUCUGAGAAGUCAUUCUACAAUGACAGGUCUAAAUAUAGGGAAGAAAGGGAUUCUUGUGGAAACAAAUUUCAGAAGAAAGAUUUCAGCAAAAGUUUUAACAAAGAAUUUGAUGAAGGAAGAGGCAGAUCGAAGUAUUGGGAUCGCAGCAGUAAUGCUGAUAGAGAAACUGCUACAUAUUAUCAAGAUAAUGCCUCUUCAUAUAGGUAUCCUGAUCGCAAUGAGAGUUACUACCCUGAAAAGAAACAAGACUAUUACCAAGAAAGGUAUGAUCGAUCUAAUAGACGAUUUGGAGAUCGUUUCCCUGAUAGGCAAAGAAAUGAUCAGAAUCAUGAUAAAUAUUUUUCUAAUUAUGAUCAAGACAGUAGAGGCUAUGAUCGUACUUAUAGGUCUCGAGGGACUAGAUUUCAAUAUGAAUCUUCAAAAGAAGAUCAGAGCAGACAGCGCAACAAUUCUUACUAUAAGGGAAGAAAUCCCACCCAAAAUUAUAACACUCAAGAAACGUUUGGUUCAGACAAUGUGAAAUUCCAAUCUGGUGACAGAUAUGAGAAUCGGGAUAGUGCUGGCCCAAGUGCCAGAGACAACAAUUAUAGUUCUCACUCUCGCUUCAGCAGCCAAAAGGGCUUUAACAUGCGAGACGGAGAUGAUGUGUCUCAAAGAGAUCGUUUGACAGAACAGCUGACUCGUGGUACCCUAGAGUGUCUUGUCUGUUGUGAUAGAGUCCGACAGCAGGACUCUGUUUGGAGCUGCUCUAAUUGCUUUCAUGUUCUGCAUUUGAAAUGUGUUAUGAAAUGGGCCAAGUCUUCCAAAGCAGAAACUGGCUGGCGCUGUCCGGCAUGCCAAAAUGUAACAGAAGCAGUACCAUCUCAGUAUCGCUGUUUUUGUAGCAAGGCUGUUGAACCUCUGUGGAAUCGUCAAGAUACUCCGCACACAUGUGGAGAGGUUUGCGGAAAAUCACGGGAAAGUCAGCGACCAUUAUGUGUUCACCAUUGUACCUUGCUUUGCCAUCCCGGACCGUGCCCUCCUUGUCUUGCUCAAGUUGUUAGAAAUUGUGGAUGUGGGAAAACUUCUCAAAUGGUGAAGUGUGCUUUAGAAAAGCCAUUGCUGUGUGAAUCGAUUUGCGGACAACCUCUUAACUGUGGAGCUCACUUCUGUGAACUUAGCUGUCAUACUGGAUCCUGUGAACCUUGUCAACUUAAAAUUGAGCAAGUCUGCUUUUGUAAGAAACAAAAGAGAGAGGUUGAUUGUAUCAAAGAGAACCAGAAUGUUUUGGAAUUCAGCUGCAGUGAUGUUUGUGGGCACAAAUUAUCUUGUGGGAACCACACUUGUGAAGAGAUUUGUCAUGAAAAUGAAUGCAAACCUUGUCAGCUUACUCCAGAUAUAGUUACUCAUUGUCCAUGUGGACAGACAGAGCUAAGCUCAGAACCAGACAAGAAGAGAAAGACUUGCACUGAUCCAAUUCCAACUUGUGGCAAAGUGUGCGCCCGAAAGCUUACUUGCGGUCAGCCAAGCAGCCCUCAUGUUUGCAAAUCUAACUGCCAUUCUGGCCCAUGCCCCCCGUGCCCUCGGACCACGAUGGUUCGAUGCCGUUGUGGACACAUGGACAGAGAGUUGCCUUGCACUCAACUUACCACCAAGGCUGAUGAUGCAAGAUGUGAGAAAAAGUGCUCUAAAAAGCGAAGUUGUGCCAAGCACAAGUGCAACCAGCCGUGCUGUAUUGAAAUAGAUCACCCAUGUCCUCUUCCUUGCAACCACUUUUUGAGUUGUGGUCUGCAUCGUUGCGAGCAGCUUUGUCAUCGAGGCCACUGCCAACCCUGCUGGAGGACAAGUUUUGAAGAAUUGUAUUGUGAAUGCGGAGCUGAAGUGUUGUACCCACCAGUGCCUUGUGGUACAAAGCCACCUCUAUGUACCCGCCCAUGUCCUCGCCAACAUGAAUGUGAUCAUCCUGCUUUACAUAGUUGUCACAAUGAUGCCAAUUGUCCUCCUUGCUCAGUUCUCACCACAAAACAUUGCUAUGGAAAUCAUGAGUUGCGUAAAACUAUUCCUUGUCACCAGAAAGACUUCUCUUGUGGUCUUCCCUGUGGCAAAGAGUUGCCAUGUGGUCGGCACAAAUGUAUUCAGUUGUGUCAUAAGGACGACUGCCUGCGCUCAGGUGGUGUUUGCACUCAACCAUGUGUUAUUCUACGACCCACCUGCCAGCAUCCAUGCUUAGCUCCUUGCCAUGAGGGAAAUUGUCCUGAUGUACCUUGUAAAGAGACGGUGAGGGUCACUUGUGAAUGUGGCCAUCGUUCAGCUAUGCGACCAUGUGCUGAAAACACCAAGGAAUACCAACGUAUUGCUACCUCAAUUCUAGCCUCUAAAAUGGCUGAUGUACAACUUGGCCACAGCAUUGAUAUUGGUGACAUUAUGGGAAAUGCAAGCACCAAGAAGCUCUACCUUAAGUCGCUUGAAUGUACUGAAGAAUGCAAAGCCAUUGAAAGGAACCGACGAAUGGCUAUAGGUCUCCAAAUUCGUAACCCUGAUCUUAGUCAAAAACUAACCCCUCGUUACUCUGACUUCAUGCGAGGCUGGGCUAAGAAAGAUCCUGCGUUUUGUCAAUAUGUCCAUGAUAAGCUCUCAGAAUUAGUAAAAUUGGCCAAAGAGUCCAAGCAGAAAAGUCGAAGCUAUUCAUUUGAAGUAAUGAACAGAGAAAAACGCCAAUUUGUCCAUGAGUAUUGUGAACAUUUUGGGUGUGAGUCUGUUGCCUAUGAUCAGGAGCCUAAACGAAAUGUUGUUGCAACAGCUCAGAAAAUAAAGGCUUGGCUGCCAAGUGCGAGCUUGCUAGAGCUAGUACAGCGUGAUGCUGGACAGCGCAGAGUACCAGGGCCCAUGUUGAACUCUGUACAGAAACCAGUUUCCCGGGGAAUGGAUACCUUGUCAAUGAAGUGGACCACCAAGCCCCCUGGAAAUGGAGCAACUUCUUCGUCAUCCCAUAGCAGUGUUUUGAAUUCUGUGUCAAGUCUGUCUGAUGACUAUUAUGCGGGUGGCUCAUCGAGCAAUACAUUUAUAGACCACUUCAAUUCAUGAAUGUAACUUGUUAAGCAGGGUCAUAUUAGUAUAAUGUGUAAAUGAAAUUGGUUAAGUUUCUGCCUUUGUUUCUUUAUUUAUUUACUUUCUUUUUACAAGGAAACCGGUUUUCUUGUAACUGAAUCUUUUAUUAAUUGCAAAGACUGAUUCAAUGUUAAUGCCCACAGCAAGGGAGGAUAUGUUACUGUGCAAGUGGUAAGCUUUAUUUUGGCAUUGAAUGAAAGUCUUUUGAAUGGGUAAACUGUACUUUCGUAAAUGGCUUUCACAAAUUUUUUUCAUUGGGCCGUUGAUUUACCAGAAGUUUGAAAACACAACGCUUUUUAAAGUUGUUAUUAAUUUCACCUUUCUCUUGAGAUUUCAGUGGAUACCUCUUCUUUUUUCUUUGUAUUAGUAUGGUUUUUCCUAAUUUUGGUUGCACUCAGUGUGUGCUGUAUAUUUACCUGGUUUUGGGGCUGAAAUAAUAAAGUGCUUAUCUAUGACUGGCAUAUUAUUUUCUUUUCUUUGUUUCUUUUUUUCCCUUUUUGUGUCUUUUCUUCAUAAUUUAUUUUGUGAAACAUGCAAAUUUGUAUCUGAAUUUAGUGGCAACUGUGUGAGUGGCGGAAUUGUUGUUUUGACUCUUAAGUCUGAAAAGUUUUUGCUAUUGAAUUCUUUGUCCACCUUUGUGAGAGCCUCUGUCCAAUCAUUUUCUCACUGUUAUUUUUUUCCUAGAUAAUAAAAAUGGUUCUGUACAUAUAAAAUUAGGAAAUUUGUGUAAUUUUUAUACUGUGUUAACACAACCGUUCUCUUCAGAAAUUAAUGUUCCUUGGCUGUUAAGAAAAUUAAUAUGAACAUAAGAAACAAUGUGUUUCAUGAAUUUCAUUGUUGUUUAUAAAAGUUCAAUAAAUGCCUUCAAUCACCAA